AAAAAUCUUUCACUUCCUUAUUUAACUCUUUUGUGAAUGCCCAGUGCAGAUUACGUUGCUCAAUCAUGUGACAUUUUUUGUGGGUCUGCCAUAAGCUUGAUAUUCCAGUUUGACUUCCAGUAUGUGAAACUAGGCUGGCACCACAGUCUCGGCUGAUAAGCUAUUUACUUUAAGUUCGCCCGUGCUAAUUUUUUCUGUAUGUCCGUAUAACAGCACUUGCAAAAAUGCGUCAUAAUAUUUUGACAUGCAUGGCCAUGUUUUUGUUUGCUUUGCUUGAAGCAGUUCAUGGACAUUUUGCAUAUGUUCAAGCUAGCUGCCGUGUACUUGGCUCGCUAGAAAACGUUGAGUUCAUCUUCUCAGUUAACUACAACAAGGCUGAACUGAUAAGAUUCAACAGCACGGAGAAUAAGGUUGUUGGUUACACUGAAUAUGCAAUGAAAUGGGCAGAUAAUUUUAAUAAACGACAAGAGUGGCUACAUGAGGAGGGAGAAAGAAAUGUGGCAAACUGCAAGAGCUAUGGAGCAAUAUUUCACUAUCUGUCAGAAAAAACAAUAAAACCAGAAGUCACUAUCCAAUCAGUAAGGCAUGCCAGUGGUAAACAACCAGCCAUGCUGAUAUGCAGCGCUUAUCGAUUUUACCCCAAACACAUUAAAAUGUCCUGGUUGAGGGACGGUGAGGUGAUAACUUCAGAUGUGACCUCAACUGAAGAGCUGGCUGAUGGAGACUGGUUUUAUCAGAUCCACUCCCACCUGGAAUAUUUUCCCAAACGUGAAGAGAAGAUCAGCUGUGUAGUGGAGCACGCCAGCUCCAAUAAACCCAUCAUCUACCCAUGGGAUUCCUCUCUGCCUAAGUCUAGUAAAAAAGAGAUCAUUACUGGGGCUGCAGGUCUUGUGUUGGGAAUAAUUAUGACUGUUGGAGGACUCAUCUACUAUUUAAGAAAACGCACAGCACAUGUUAUAGCAGCUGUAGGUCAGGACACCAGAUUCACUCGACCUCUACAAACACUGGUUGACAAUGAUGACCAGUAGAUGGACACUAAGUUACAGACUGUGUUACACCACAGACAUUAAACAUGAUGAAUAAGGUCUCCAGAGAUCUUUAAACACAAUUUUUCUUGUUUAGAAAAAUAAAUAAUGACAAGGAACUAGUGAAAAACCUUUGGUUGUGUUUAUUUUGUACAUAAAAGAAGUGUAAACAACUGUGUUUUUGUGAUUCUUGACACAUGCUUACACAAAAAUUCCAAACCUCCUGAUCUUGUCCAAU